AUGCGCCUCUUCCUCAUCCCGAUCUCGACGGGACGAGUCCUCAUAUAUGCUCGACCUCUUCGCAGGGAUCUAGCGAAGGAGCUUUCGAUCCUUGAUAGGAUUACAACGAAGGCCGCUGAAACAUGGGCGAAGUGGGAAGAAGCCGACAAAGGGUGGAAGAUGCACCUUGUUAAAUGGGGCAAUCGAGUCCAACAACGGAUACCAUACGAAGAAUGGGCUCUCAAGAGCAUUCCUUCAUUCAAGACUCAGCAGCGGCUUAAUGGAGAUCAUGGAAAGAUUAAGAUUGAUGUGCUGUUCCCCGGCAAUGCGAUACGGCUGGAACGAAUUCAGCAUGUGUUGCGCAAAAUCGCUACUGAGAGACAAGAGUACCAUCGGAAGAAGAUGAUGUGGAGCUUGAUCGCGGCGCCGAUUACAGCACCCCUUGGGUUGAUUCCAGUGGUUCCGAACAUCCCCUUUUUCUACUUGGCAUACCGGGGCUGGUCCCAUUGGCGCGCAUUAAAUGGCUCGAAACACUUAGAAUUUCUUGUUGAAAAGAAUCUUCUCAAUCCGAUCUCAUUGCCGGAUUUAGAAAAGUUAUACGCCAAACGCGCAUCCCGAGUACUCGACGGUAUCUCGAACGACACACCAUAUUCCGAGAUUGCCGAGGACAUAGAGCAGAGCGAGGACCGGGUCCUGUUAAAGAUAUCCGACGCCAAGAAGCUAGCUACGAUUCUUGAAGCACCAGAGCUUGCACUGGAAGCCGAGCGGGCAAUUAUUCAAGUCAGUGAGCAGCUCGAGGCUGCAGCGAAAGCUAAACAGACGGAGAGGAAAGACGAGAAGAAAGAUUCAUAA